UCAUCCUUCGCUCGCAUCACAGCAAGGGAUCGGUGGCAUGUCUAGACUCUGCGUUUUCCUGCUGCUGCCGGUCCUCUUGGGCCUGGCGUCUGCGAUUCAGUUCUACCUGCCGGUCCGCUCUGUGAAAUGUCUGCAUGAAGACAUCCACAACAAUGUGCUGGUCACAGGUGAGUAUGAAGUCAGCGAGGAGCCAGAAACUACAACUAAUUUGAAGAUCACCGAUUCUGCUGGCGACCUGCUGUUCAAAAAGGAGAACAUCACAAGUGGGAAAUUUUCCCUCACGACAGAAACUCGGGACAUGUUGAAGAUUUGCUUUCACAGCACAUUAUCAGUGGGCAAUGGAAAGGUCCCAGACCGACUGGUCACUCUGAAAACAAAGCAUGGCAUGGACACACUGAACCAGGAGGAGAUCGCGAAAGUGGAGAAACUGAGCCCCCUUGAAAAAAAGCUGAGAACUCUGGAGCGCCUAUCAGACUCCAUGAUGGAUGACUUUGUCUACAUGAGGAAGCGAGGGAAACAGAUGGGACACACAAAUGCUUCAACCAACACACGAGUGCUGUUCAUCAACAUCAUCUCCAUAAGCUGUUUGUGUUCAAUGGCCAUAUGGCAAGUGUUCUAUUUGAGAAGAUUCUUCAGGUCAAAGAAGUUGAUUGAGUGAAGACGAUUUUGCGAGCGCGACCU